GCCAACUGUGUCUCGGUAAUCACAUGAUUUUUAUGUUGCGUCAGUUGUGUAGUGUAGCAAACUCUCGCAGCUAUUUUCUCAACGAUACAGGGAAUAUUACAUAACAUUGGAGAGUAAGUGAACACGUAGAGCAAUUUUGUUAAAUUGUUAGGCCUCGACCUUGAACACAUUUUUAAAGCGAAGUAGCUAGAUAGAUAGCUAACGUUAAGCACUUUUCCUUUUCAUGACUAACUUCUGCUUGUUGCAACAGUCAAGUCAGAAUGGGCCAUUUUCUAUCUCUCACCACCUUACUGUACCUGCUUGUUACGAGCUGCUCGGGCUCCCCUCCCUCGAAUUUCAUCGUCCUGUUCGCGGACGACCUGGGGUUCGGCGACCUAGGAUGCUACGGCCAUCCAACCUCGCUCACCCCCAACCUGGACCGAUUGGCGGCCGACGGACUGAGAUUCACUGACUUCUACUGCACCAGUCCCGUCUGCAGCCCCUCCAGGGCGUCUUUGCUGACAGGGCGCUACCAGACCCGGUCAGGGGUGUACCCGGGGGUGUUCUACCCCGGUUCCCGCGGGGGUCUACCGCUGAACGAGACCACCAUAGCAGAGGUGCUAAAGCCCCUGGGCUACGCCACGGCAGCCAUGGGGAAAUGGCACCUGGGGGUGGGGGAGAACGGGAUGUACCUGCCCACCCGACAGGGCUUUGACCACUACCUGGGGGUCCCCUACUCCCAUGACAUGGGACCCUGUCAGAAUCUGACAUGUUUCCCUCCAGAUGUUAAAUGCUUCGGACACUGUGACGUCGGCGUGGUAACCAUCCCACUAAUGCACAAUGAUGUCAUAAAGCAGCAGCCUGUGGACUUCCUGGAUCUGGAGAGAGUUUACAGUGACUUUGCCACAGACUUCAUCACCCAGUCUACCAGGAAGAAACAACCCUUCUUCCUCUACUACCCCUCCCAUCACACCCACUACCCCCAGUAUGCAGGCCCGGCAACGGCAGGGCGGUCUCGUAGGGGUCCGUUUGGUGACGCUCUGCUGGAAUUUGACUCUACAGUAGGGAAUCUGCUCUCAGCACUGGAACAUACUGGCGUCCUCAACAACACUCUCAUACUGUUCACUGCUGAUAAUGGGCCUGAGUUGAUGCGUAUGUCUCGGGGGGGUAAUGCUGGUCCUCUGAAGUGUGGUAAGGGCACCACCUAUGAAGGGGGCAUGAGAGAACCUGCCAUCGCCUACUGGCCUGGGACCAUCACACCAGGGGUCACCCAUGAGCUGGCUAGCACCCUGGAUAUCAUGCCCACCAUCGCAGGGCUGGCGGGGGCCAAACUACCAAUGGUGCAGCUGGACGGAGUGGACAUGACGGACAUCUUGGUCAACCACGGACCGAGUAAGAGAGAGGCCAUGAUGUUCUACCCUACAGACCCCAGUGAGAAGUACGGCUUGUUCGCUCUCAGGCUGGGCAAAUACAAGGCUCACUUCUACACACGCGGUGCAGGCCAUAGUGAGACCACCCCAGACCAGGACUGUCACAUAAUAUCCUUCCUGAAGCCCCAUGAUCCUCCCCUGCUGUUUGACUUGGAGUCUGACCCCAGUGAGAACUACCCCUUGUCUCCGCUGGGACGCCCCGACCUGCAGGCCCUGCUACAGAGGAUAGGCGUGGUCAAGGAACAGUUUGAAGCCUCCAUGGAGUUUGGGGAGAGCCAGAUCGGGAAAGGUAGCGACCCUGAUCUUGAGCCCUGCUGCACCCCGCACUGCACCCCCAAACCUUCCUGCUGCCAGUGUGGCUGAUGCAGCCUCAAACCGUCAGUAAAGCUUGUACUAUACCUUAAGUAAGACUAGAUCUAGUACCUCUAUUACUGUGGAUGAGGUACCCCAAAACUUAACCUCUGAAAGUGUGGAAAGACAGUUUUUUAAGCCAUAUGAGAGACUGUGGGAAGCAGCACUUUUUCAAACAUUAGAAAUGGUAUAUCCAGUAUGGCCAUUGUUCCACAUGAGUGUCUGAUCUACCAAUUCUAAUUCUAUGGAUGCGGGCACCCUCAUCCUCAUGUGGACCCUGCAUUCCAGUGACAACAACACCCAAAGACUACUGUAAUGGGCCCGGUUUCCCAAAAGCACUAUGCCUCAAUGACUCACUUAGCAACUGUGUGAUGUUUUGGGAAACGCAUGUUACAUCUUUGGUCGUUGUAGGAAAGAUGCAUUGUUAAAACACUCGUAAGCCUAAAUUCCAUCGCUAUCGGGAAACCGGGCCCUGGCUAGUUUUACGAAAGACGGUGUGUGUAUU